AUGCGACUAUCCAAACCCAUUGCUGCUGCGGCAGACGUAUGGUUUCGAACGUCACUAGAGUUAUAUUGCCAAGCUGAGCUAGCCUCACUACUUUGGGAGCGCUUCGACCAGGCUGCCAAGCAGCAUUUCAUCGAUGACGCCAAUUUGAACGAUUGUGAGCCUUCCGACGCCGAACCUGCAUUCGCGCUGGUGGUGUUUCAGGCGAAGUUGGCAAUCUCUGAGGACGUGACAACGCGAAUGGGCGUUCUUGGCCCUCUCAUGAACGACGAACAACAUGUUGGAAGAUCCCAUCAAAUUCGCUUCAAUUCGGAGCUCGACUCAAGGAAGCGACUUAUAUACAUGCAUAGAAUAGAGGCCUGUGCGCUCCUCGGACCGCUCAGCUGCCUAAAAGGGACCGUGUACUUGAUACAAGACAUAGCCAGCGAGAUCUCCCGCCUCAGGAAUAAGACAACAACUCGAGCCACGCUUUGGAAACCGGCGCUGGACCUCGCCCGAAGCAAAGUCACUGUCGGUGUCGGUUCAUUGCGCUGCGCAUCCGAAAGCAGAAUCGCCUAUGAUCGUCUGGUCAAAAUCCAGCAUCUACAACUACAGCUUUUGGUAGCCAAGAACGAGUUACGCGAGGCAAGCAGAAAAUUCGAAACCCAAAAGCCUAAGACGUGGCUGGAGAACCUUGUGCCCCGAUGGAAGCCCUGGAGCUACAAGUGGACCAGAAACACCGAUCUUGAGAAACGGGAGUACGACCACCCUCAUCUCCAGCAGGCGGCCUUGCACGGGCCUGUCACUAGGCUCAACCCCUAUUUGUGGCAUCUCGUCCGGCGCGGGUCUACGCCAGCGGUCAGCAGGAGCUUGAGUCAAAGUCUAGGUCGAUCGGGUGGCUCUCAGUCCUCUACCGGCAGCGCCAUACUCGUCGGCCCCUCUCCCCUUUCCUCGCAGUUGAGCGAGUCGGGCAGCUUUCUCGCACCGACUGGCGUGAAACGCAAAGCGUCGGAUCAACCUGAUGCUCAUCAAGUUGCCGGUCCUUCAGGGAAUAGUGCGCCUAACAAGCACACUCGAACCGUGCAAAGCACAGGUCUUCCUCUGUCCUCGACGAAUUACAUGCUCUCUCUGCGCCUGGGACUCGCACCGGCUUCUUCGGAUCACAGCACGAACGCACCGCAGACCAAGACGGCAGCAGAAGAGGUGGAAGUGACGACACGAGCUGGCGUCACUUCCACCUCUUCUGCUUCCGUCUUUAGUCCGAGGGAGAUCGUCGCUACCACCGUUCCUGCUCCUGGCUCCAGUCCGAAUGACGACGUUGCUUUCACCGAUUCUGGUCCUGUUGUCAGUUCGAACAUUGGUCACGCGACAGUAUCACUGGGUCAGGAGCAGAAGCAGUGGAAGAGGCACGAUUCUCAAGAAGAGUGA